AUGUUUAAUUUUACCCGACAUGCAUUUGCAGCCCUGCUGCUCCUGCUACCUAUGGUUCUGGCAGCAUCAAAAGCAUAUGUGGAACUCGUCAAUGGAACUCCAUACGACUGGCACUUGAUAUCUAAUGAAACACAUCACAUGAAAUGGUUUCCCAAUACCACCAUUCCGUCCGGUACCAGCGCCGAAUCCUAUAUCUCAUGGAUUCUCUAUCUACGGGACGCAAAGGCCGAAGCAACAUAUCGUAUCGAUAAUCCUUCAUCCCCCGAAUCCUUUACCGUUCGAGCCCGCCAAAAUCCAACCAAAAUCGAGGUUGUCUAUCAUGAAAACCUCUCCUCUCUCAACAAUCCCAAAAAUUCAAUCAUCGACCUGGUUUAUAGCAAAAAACAUCCGCAUCCAUUCAUCCUCGCAGGAAAUGGUAUCUCAACCCCCUACGUCAGCUCUAACCCUCCAAUCCCCUGGAUGCAAAACACUCUUUCCACUAUCUCCUCAAGACCUCUCCGUCAAAUCAGUAUGCCCAUGGCUCACAACGCAGGCGCCAGUAUCGUAAGCAAUUCAUUCAAAGGGCCAGGCACAUUACACAACACACAAACACAAGCCAAUUCCGUAUUUAUGCAACUAAUUUUCGGAGCCCGCUGGUUAGAUAUUCGACCUGUGUUUUAUGAGGGAAAAUGGAUGACUUACCAUGGUAAAUUUGCCUCGGGGAGAAUGUGGGGUGCCACAGGUCAAAGUAUUGAGAGUGUAAUUGAAGAUGUGAAUAGGUUUACAAAAGCACAUCCCGGAGAACUCAUCGUGCUUGACAUAUCGCAUGAUGCAAGUAAUGCGUGGAAAUGGAGGAAAUUUAAUGCGAUUGACUGGAUGAAGCUUUUGGAGUUAUUGGGUGGAAUUCGUAAUGCGUGGCGGGAACCACGGAGAUUGGGCUGGGAUUUGUCGCUUUUACCAUUGGACACUUUUAUAACCAAGGGGGGUAAUAGUACGGUGUUCGUGAGGAUUCCUUGCGAUGCGCCGAUACCGUUUCCGACACAUCCUGGGAGGGGAAAAAGAGAUGCAAAUACCACUCUGAUAGCAUCUUCAGCUGGCUGCGAUCCUGUUAGUUCAGAUGAUUAUCUUGCGCCGUUGAACACUAUGGAUUCGCUCGACUCACAAGAGUUGUCUUCUUCCCCUAUCGAUAAGCGGGAAAUGUCCAACAUUCCCGGUGGCAUUCUGCCUGAACCCCUCUCCCGCCGCACCAACUACAAAAUAACCUUUACACCCCUCCCGGCGUCCCGCCUCCCCGUAACCGGGCACGACUCCGCCACCGACUCUCCUUCCUACCUUGCCUCCUCCCAGCUCCGCCUCCUCACCCUACACAGAUCCUCUCCCGCCAUCACCCCGACAAACCCCGCACAAAUGCACAAAUCAUCCUGGAUCCUCUUUCAAUUGACUACUUUCGAAGCCGAUAUCGGUAAUUGGUGGAAUUCUGUACUCGGGUAUGCGAUAUUGGCGCAGCGGAGCUUGUUCAGGAAUUUUGGGGGACUGGUACGCGGGAGAGGGAAAACAGGAAAACCGAAUUUGAUCGAGGUGGAUUAUAUUAGGACGCCGGAUGUGGCGGCGUUGGCUAUGGCGAUUAAUGUUUGGGAGGAGUAG